AUGUCCUCACAAGUAGCAGCGGCAGCGGCCGCUGCCGCCGCUGCCGCCGCAGCAGCAACAGCAACAACAACAACAACAACAACAACAACAUCAGCAGCACCAGUCGCAGCCGCUCAAAGGCCGCCUGCAGGAGGAGCGGAGGAACCGUUCAGAGCGGCGGCGGAGGUGGGGGAGGCUGCCCAUGACACCGCGGUUUCUUCAGGGCGGUCCAACACCGCAGUCGGAUCUGGAUCGCUUGACUUGAGAGGGCUGGGCACCACGCCAGCAGCAGGAAGAAACAUGAACGGAGAGGCCAUGGAGGAAGUAGAGUCUAUUGGGGAGGAGGAGGAAGAGGAGGAGGAGGAGGAGGAGGGAGACGCGAAUGAAGGAGACCGUGAGCGAUGGUCCAACCGUGAGUUGCAAGCUGCCCUGGCGAUGCAAGCUAGCAGUGUCGUGGGUCUAGCUCCCAAGGUGUACGAGGAUGGUUCGUUUAGUCGCCCAGACUGGAUGGCUCCAAGUUUGAAGUCGCCCAGGUCUAUUGCGGCAGCGUUUAGGCAACGUUUCCCGGAAGCCCCUAUAUGCCGGCCGGUAGACAGCCCUGAGAAGCGUGCCUUGGCAGCGAUGCAGCCGUCGGCAGCCACGGAAAAGAUGAAGUCGCGAGCGAUGGUUGGAGGAAGUACGAACCGGGGCCUCCUGAAGCAACUGUUGAAGGAGGCGGCCAUGGCCGUUUUCGCAACAACGCACGUUGUGUGGGCAAGAGGAGUGCCCGACGAGAGGCCCGAGGGUGAAGUCUAG